AGUUACAGCCGAGAUAAAUUGCAGUACUUUUAAUUUCCAGUGUCGUUGCUCAAGAGUUUUGGGUUCCAUCUGUCGUGCAUUUAUUUUUGGGGUGGGGCAGUGACGCAAGUUCUUAGGAUGUCGCAACCUCAGCCUACGCAACAGCAUGAGUUUCCUAUAAUGUUCAAACAGUUUUAGGAACUUCAGCAAAAAGACGACUUCAGAAAUUAGGUUACAUGGGGCAGCAGAAUCAUGUAGAUCAGCUUUGUUUGUUUAACAAACAGACGUCUGGGAUUCAAGUUCCGCCAUUGUUUAAUGGAACACCUUUCCGUGACGCACCUAACAUGUUUUCUGUUGGAUUUCCAAAUAGAUCAAUUGUUUCACAAUGUCAAAGUCAGGCUGGAUCUCCAAUGGGGGUGUUACCCCAUCAACUCAAUAUGUCUACAUACGGAAGUCCUGUUGUUCGCCUGGGAAACAAUUUGAGUCCCCACCCUACUCUGCAAGGGCUAUAUAAUGACACGAGUAUCUUGACUGAUAGCAACAUUGUCCAAGUAGAGCUAUCCGGGAUUUCGCAUGAAACCUUCAACAGUUCAUCUAUGAGUGAACAAUCCAAUGUGUCUUGUGUUCACUCCGGUCAUGGUUUCAUGUCCGGCAUUGGUCUUGCUCCCAAACAGGUUUUUCAAGAGAACUUUGGACAAAUUCCUAAUAAGGGUAUGGUUGGAAAGCAAGUGAGUAAAUCGCCAUGCAAAUCAUUGAUGCAGGAAUCUUGUGGUGGCCAAGAACAAGGCAAUGUGGGGGGCAUAAGUGGCAUUGGUAGAACAGCAGGAAGUUCUGAUUGUCUCUCUUCUUUUCCCACUGUUCAAAGUGGUAGCUUGAGUGCCCUUAUGCAGACUGCAGUUGCAGAAGCCUCUAGCAGUGAUACUGGUCUCCAGGAGUGGAGCGGCAUGAGCUUUCAGAACCCAGAAAUUUCAACUGAAAACCAGCCUUCUAAUUAUGUACACAGUAGGGGACGACAAAAUAACGCGAUUCAUAAUACCAUGCAGAAUGCCUCGUUCCCUACUUCAAAACCCAAGCUUCUGAGCCAAAGUUAUUCUAUGAACUUCAAUUCCCAGGGUCUUCAACAGUUGAACCACAAGUUUCCAGGACAUGUGGAGAUACACUCUGGUUCUCAACUGGAUACAUCUUGCCUUCACGGCCAAGCUUCCACUUUGGAUACAACGUAUCAAAGGUCAAAGAAGCAUUUGUUAAACCAAUCUCACACAGAUGGAGAUAUUGUAGAACAUAGAACAGGAACCCUCUAUAAGUACAAAGACUUUGUCCAGUCAUCUGAAAAGGUCCAGACAAACGCCUCUGAAUUGUCUCUUGCUCAUCCAGAUAAUAGUUCUUCCAUUUAUCAAAGUAGUAUUGGCUUGAGUUUUAUAAUCAACUCCAAAAUCAAAGCCUUCCUUUGCAUGUUGGAAGUCAUUCACUACAAGAAAUGUUUGCUACCCAAGGUAGUGGAGCGAGUGUAGGAGAGAAGUGUAAUUCACUGUCAUACCUGGGAUAUAAAGAUUUGAGGUUCCCUUCGAAGACCAGAGGAGAUCAACUUAAAAAAAAUAUUUCCCAGAUUAUUGUUUGUGAUAGUACUGAGAUGGCAAUGCUUGGUCAACCUAAUGAGACUGUUGUUAGUACCGGUAUCGGUUCUAACAAGGUAAAGGAAGGAAAGCUCAGUUUACAAAUGGCUCCAUCUGGGUUCAAGCAUCAAAGAAACUCAAAAAAGUGGCAGAUCUUAUCAAUGCUUGACGCUAAGAACACCUCACACCAAUUACCUGUUGACCAAAAAUUUGACAUCAGGAGAUCAAAGAAGCGCAAACUUGACUCUUUUGAUUUCCUGCCAUGGUACAAAGAAGUGAUACAAGCUUCACUGAAAUUUCCAAAUUUCAGUAUGAUUGAAUUGGAAUGGUGUCUAGCUUCAAAUAGAAGAAGCCAAAGGGUGGAAAAUGAGGCUGAAGUGUUUCAAGAUUCGGCUCUGAUCCAUCAACCAAAGAGAAGGCUUACCAAGUCAACACAGCUAAUGCAACAGCUUUUUCCUCCCUCGCCGACUGUUAUUAUCUCAGCAGAUGCCUUCUCAAAUUGUGAUAGUGUGGUGUAUUUUAUUGCUAGGUUAGCUCUAGGUGAUGCUUGCAACAUGACUUGUGAUAUUCACAUGCAAUCUACUGCUGGUGAUAUGCUAUACGGUAAGGUAGAGGCCCCUGGCAUAAGUGGUGGAAAAGAUUUACUACACACCAUGGAAACUUUCAUAUGUAGAGCAGAAAGGCUUCAUGCAGAUAUCAUCAGACAGGAAGAACGAGCCUCCUUUCUGGACUUGAAGGUUGAAUCACAGAAUAUGGAGAAACUCGCCACCAUCAAUCGUUUGGCAAGAUUCCAUAGCCAGGGAAAUCCUGCUGCAGUUGACACAUCUAAAGUCACUCCUGUUGUGCUAAAACCAGAACCACAGAGAUAUGUUGUGGCAUUUCCUAUGCCCAAAACCGUGCCACGAGGAGUUAAGUGUCUCUCUCUAUGAUCAUAGUUUUGCUGGAAAAGCUAAUUAACACCGAUGAUGUGCAGGAGAAAAUAACCUUCAAGGUAAUUUUGCUGUAAUUAAGUACUCCGGGCAUAUGUCGGGUUCGAGAUAGUUCUGGUAGUUAGGAAAUAAAAACUCAGUUAUCUUUUGAAGAAGCAGUUAGGACUUAGGAUGUCCAUAUGAAACCCUAGUGUAUGCCAAACAUGAUCAUGUAUAGCUAUUAGUAUUAACAUGCAACUGAAAGUUUUGUUAAUGAAGCUGGCGCUUGCUG